AUGGGUGUUAUUACAGCCAUUUUUAGCCUCUUAUUUCUUUUCUCAUCUGUCUGGACCGAAGAAGCUCCUAAAGGCCCUAAGGUUACCCACAAGGUCACUUUCGAUAUAACAAUUGGCGGAGAAAAAGCUGGCUCAAUUGUUAUUGGCCUCUUUGGAAAAACAGUACCUAAGACAGUGGAUAAUUUCUACCAAUUAGCUCAAAAAGAAGAAGGUGAAGGCUACAAAGGAAGCAAAUUCCACAGGGUUAUUGAGAACUUCAUGAUCCAGGGUGGUGAUUUCACCAAAGGAGAUGGUACUGGUGGACGCAGCAUUUAUGGCGAACGUUUUGAAGAUGAGAACUUCAAGCUCCGUCACUAUGGUGCUGGCUGGCUCUCUAUGGCUAAUGCUGGAAAAGAUACUAAUGGAUCUCAAUUCUUUAUCACUACUACUAAAACUCCCUGGCUUGACGGCAGACAUGUAGUGUUUGGCAAAGUUUUGGAAGGCAUGGAUAUUGUGCGUAAAAUUGAGAAAACAAGCACUGGAGCUAAUGACCGUCCCACUAAAGAUGUUGUUAUUGCUGAUGCUCAUACUGAAGUUGUUUCCGAACCAUUUAGUGUCUCAAAGGAGAGUGCCCAA